GGAUAGUGUUGGUCUGCCAGGCAUGGACAGAGUCGACAGCCUGGCAGAGUAUCUGGUGGAGCUUAGGGACCAGCCCUCUCUGGUCCUCACCAACCAGCAGGUGAGCAAUAUAGUUGCUCUUUGGCAGAACCUGCUUGAUUUUGAUAGGCAAAGGGUGGUGUUUGCUGCCAGACACCAGAGCAGGCUGGACACAGGGAGGUUCAGGUCCCCCAAGAAGAGGCAGGAGUUCACUCCAGGGGUGGAAAGUAUGAAGAGGCACGCACUCACCACCACAGCACCACUUGCCCAGUGGCCAGAUUGUUGUCGCCUGAUAGAGACCAUUUUUGUGAAGCUCUGUGCCAUCCAUAAAAGUCCUAAAAAGAAGGGGACAAGCACCGUGUCCAGGUGGGUCCUCAUCUUGGAGGACUACAAGAAAAUCAGGCAGCGCAUUCUGGCCAAUGCUGCUGUUAUGCAGCAGACCACCCUGCAGCUGGUGGAUGUAAGUCACACAACACUGGUUCAGUGGCACAAUAAGAGAGUGAAAAGGCAGGACAGUGCAGUAUUAAUGCAAGGGCUGCAACUGCCUAGCCGCUUGUCUGUGGCGGCUGACCCUCUACUACCUGCCAAUGUGCGUCCCCCGUCUGCACCCCCCCAACCAGGCCAAGCUCACCAAUACCACCUGCCCAGUAGCACCGUGGGCCAGGCACAAACAAAGAGGAAGAGGAAAGUACCUCUAGCCCCAGUGGUUUUGUCACCACCAGCUGAGAGACCUCAAACCCAGCGGCAACUCUUUCCUGCUCCACCCCCAGGUGCUCAACUGGUGUGGCUGACGCCAAUGGCCUCACAGGGAUUUACAGGGCCAUUCCUAGUUGCUGCUCCACAGGCUCAUAUGACCAGCCUCUCUUCUGCCCCUCCUGCUGCCCCAGUACGAAAGCUGACACGCAAAGUACAGCACAACACGUGCAAAAAAUGCGGGCAGUUCAGGACAGCGGAGACUGGGCAUAGCCAAUACAAGGGAAUUAUUUACUGCCCCUCUGUAGAGACUGUGCCAAAGGAGCAGUGGUUGGAGGAUAUAAAAAAAACUAAAUGAAAAAAAAAGAGAGAAACUGAUCUUUGAUUUUAAGAUUUAUAUAUGUAUAUAGUUCUUUUCCCA